AUGCCGAGCUUCACAUUGUCGCCUUCCAAGCCGGCCAAGUUCAGCGAUGCCAAUGGCAAGUACACGCGCAUCGAGAGCGGCAAGAUCCCGUCGCGCGGGCGAUCGCUCGGUGCCUCUCGCCGCGGCAAGUACAGUCUUGCUGUGGCUGCAGCCGCUGCGUCGCAGGCAUCGUACGCUGCCGGAGUCGGGAGCUCGGGCGACGACGAUGAGCUGCAUGCCGCCAGUGUGGUCGAACCAGCUUCGACCAGGCGCAGAGCACGAGGGAAGAAGGGUAAGACGCUUGACGAGGUGGCUGCUACUGCGGGCCGAAGGAGUGUCGCCAUGAUCAUGGACGAUACGACUGCGCCGCCAUCGACAACGCCUGGUGUACAGGAUGACACGUCGGGCACGCCCAGCAGCGCGUCGCUGUUCGUAUCGCAUGUGCAGGGCAUCAUUGCGCUGAUUGGCGUGAUUGUUCUGCUCAUCCUCGUGCGCUUUGCCAAGAUCUCGGUGGACAAUGCCACGUACGUACGCGGCGUGCUCAACAUGCUUACCGGUCUCGCAGCCACCGCAUCCGCACACAAGCUCUCCAUGACCGUAGCCGUCUCGUCUCUCGCCUCGAUCCGCAGCGUCGAUUCCGGCAAGUCCAAGCCUCCAUCCACAGCAGUCACGGUCGCAGCCAUGGGCCUCAACCCGUCUCAGGCAUUCAACCUGAUCUUUGGCAGCGACCAGUUCUUCCAGAUCGUGAGCUUCAUCGAGGCCAUCUGCUCGGCCAUUGCAUCGUACAUGGCAGGAUCGUCAAUCGUAACGAGCACCACCGAGUUUACCAAGAACGGCACGGCGCUGCUCGAGCUCGACAUUAGCCAGGCUGCCACGCUGUGGGGCAUCUGCGGUCUGUGGAUCGUCGCACUCGCCCUGCACGCCACCACGGCAUUUGCAAACAAGACUACCAUCCAGACCGUCCAGGUGGCGAGCCAGGAGAGCAUGCGCGAGAUCGUCGCCGUCAUGCACACCGAGAGCGUCUACUCGGGCAAACAGUAG